AUGCCGCUGGUCGCUCUGCUGGCGCUUCUGGCUGGCGCGCCCUGGCCAGAUAUCUGUGAAGCUCUGAAUGUGACUGUCUCUCCAGGCCCCAGAAUACAGCAUGUGGUUGGAGAUAAUGUUACCUUAUUUUGCCAUGUUUCUCAAAAAAGGCGAGUAGAAAACCUUUUGGCUGUCCGAUGGAUUUUUGCUCUCCCACCUGCCCAAGAAUAUCUGAUGAUCAAAAUGACUAAAUAUGGGAUAGUCCAGUACUAUGGAAAUUACACAAGUCACUUCUAUAAACGAAGGCUUCAUCUUCUUGAGGAGAAACAUAGGACGAUGUACACAUUUUUGAUCCUGAAUAUCCAGCAAGCCGAACAAGGACACUAUAUUUGUAAAGUUCAAGAGAUUGGCAAACAAAGGAACAAGUGGACAUCGUGGUCUAAUGGUAGUGCAUCUACUGAAGUCCAAGUGAUUGCAUCCCAUUUUUUGGAUGACUCCAGCGCUGAGGAAAAACACAAGACUUGGGCAUUUUUUGAAGACCUGUCAGUCUAUGCGGUCAUGAUGUGCUCUGCGGGCAUCCUUAGCAUCCUUUUGUUCACUCUUGUCAUCCUCUGCCAGGUCUUGAGCAACAAGAAACGAUCCCAUAUGAAACGUUACUUGGUGAAGUAUCCCCAGAAGAGGUUGCAGGAGACAGUCCUCAGUAAGGCAGCUGGGUCUCCAGUGCACCCCACACAAAUGAAAGGGAUGAAGAAAAGAGAGGAACCUCCAGCUGUUCCUGCCAAAGCACCGAUAUCCAACACUUUCUCAAAGCCUAAACUUCUGAAACCACAAAGGAGGGUCACCUUGCUGAAAAGCGCUGAGGAGAAUCUGACCUACGCUGAACUGGAGUUGCUGAAGCCUCACCAGGAAGCGAAAGGGGUUUCUUCCGUUACUGUUUACGCCCAGAUUCUCUUUGAGGAAAACAACAUGUAAAUGCACAUAACCAAGACACAGCCUGUUGACCGGGAGUAUCAAAUUAUUUCUUUGCUACAUACAGCAUAUAUGCAACAUCCUUUAGUAGUGGUUCCGUUCCUGUUCAGUUGGAUGAGAUUUUAAGACUGUGCUUCUAGGAAAUGAUUCUCUUUUCAUUGGAGAGGAGGGCUGAAUCUUCCAUUCUGCUCUUUUUUUUGCAGUGCCAAAGAUGACCUUGAUUUUGUUUGUGGCCAGUUGCAAAAGCUUCCUUUGGGUUGGUGAGAAAUGGCUCCUUUUUACGUAUGUUGCCAGUCCAUCCACCCAGGCUUGCAAUUAUUUGGUCCCACCUAAUGUAGCCAUGAGGGACGCGGUGGCGCUGCGGGUUAAACCGCUGAGCUGCUGAUCGGAAGGUUGGCGGUUCGAAACCGCGCGGCGGGAUGAGCUCCCGUGUCUAGUCCCAGCUCCUGCCAACCUAGCAGUUCGAAAACAUGCAAAUGUGAGUAGAUCAAUAGGUACCGCUUUGGCGGGAAGGUAACGGCGUUCCGUGUCGUCAUGCUGGCCACAUGACCCGGAAGUGUAUGACAACGCCAGCUCUAAGGCUUAGAAACGGAGAUGAGCACCGCCCCCUAGA